ACCUUCCUCCUUCCUUAGCCUACUCAUCCUUCCUCUUUCUUCUUGUUAUUCUUUUUCUCUAUCUUCUUCCUUCUUUUUCCUCUCUAAAUCAAACCCAUAUCUGGGUUUUUCUCAAACAUAAUGGCCACUGGCUCAAAAUUCAUAUUCCGACGAUAGCCGAACACACACCUCACGUUUUAUAAAAAUUUGGAAGAAAAACAACACACAGUCGCCAAAAUCUUAUGGCAUUUGGGUUUCUCAAUUCUUGAUCUCAUUAAGUUGCACCUACCACCUGAAUCCCAAUGAUUUUUGUGACUCUUUCGAACCCUAGCUUCGGCAACUCCACACACUUUCUUGGAUAUUAACACCUCCAAGAGUUUUAUCUACUAGCCAUCCGACUUUGGUUCUCUGCAAAAUCCCUCUCAAGAGAGGACUCUUUUGGUUUCGCUCAAGUUUUUUACUCACUUUUAGGUUUAUUCUUUGAGAUUUAAAAAUGUCAAACGAUUCUCAUGGCGCUAAAUCUCGAGGCCUUCUCUGCAACGCUGGUGCUGGCAUUAUUGUAGCAAUUAUCUUGGAAGCUGGGAAGGACUUGACAUUCAAGUCAGAGUGUCGUCACGGUGAGCAACAGGAGAGUUGUCAUGACGAUGUGGUCGUUCACCUCAUAGCUGAGAGCUUUUACCAACCGAUCACAAAGGAAAUAAAGAAAGAGCCACAGGGCCAUCAUGAUGAUGAAGACAAUUAGGGAAAUGGGGUGCCAGACCAAGUUGAGGAAAAUGAGGAACAGGACAACAAUCACGUAGUUUGUGCAGAAGAAUGCGACAUUGGUUCUGAUUCGUUGUAGGGAGACAUUGACGUUAGAUGGGAAGUUGAUGGAAUUUAUACGGAUCAUCUCCUUCCAUGGCUGUCGUGUUUGAGUAAAACCCAGAUUUGGGU